UGCUCCGCUAAGUCUAGUGAAAUGUGCCAGGAAGCAGCAGCUCCUCGCAGCAUAUUUCUCUGGCUGCAAGAUAUUUUCCAGCAGCAGAGGGGACCACUCGGACGGCGCUCUCAGCCCAGAAGAAAGAACUUCAUGAAGCACGACGAGACGGAGGUGCCCCCCAGCCCAGCCCACCACUAACUCCGAGGACAACCACGCGGUACCUACCGGCACCGACUGGCAGCUGCUAGCAGAGGACUUGGCUCUGAGAACUGUGAGCACUGAAAAUGGAACGAUUCCUGGGUUUUACCCAUAACCACUGUUUCAUCACUCUGUUCUUCGUGUCCCUGAGCCCGCUAAGCCUCGCCCAGUAUGAACACUGGCCCUACCUCCCCGGUUACCCUGAACCACCCCCUGAAGCCUACCAGCCCCCCCAGAGGCCGGCAAACGUUCCCAAGAUCCAACUGCGGCUCGCGGGGCAGAAGAGAAAACAUAACGAAGGCAGAGUGGAGGUGUUUUACAGCGGCGAGUGGGGCACGGUGUGCGACGAUGACUUCUCCAUCCAUGCUGCGCACGUGGUCUGCAGGGAGCUGGGUUACGUGGAAGCGGUGUCUUGGCUACCGAGCUCAAAAUACGGAAAAGGAGAAGGGAAGAUUUGGAUGGACAACGUCCACUGUACCGGCAAGGAGACCACCCUGGCAGCAUGCACGUCCAACGGCUGGGGAGUCAGUGACUGCAAACACACCGAAGACGUGGGAGUGGUCUGCAGUGAAAAGAGAAUCCCUGGCUUCAAGUUUGACAACUCAUUGCUUAACCAAAUAGAGAACAUGAACAUCCAGGUGGAGGACAUAAGGAUCCGCGCCAUCCUUGCCACGUACCGCAAGCGGGUGCCGGUCACAGAGGGUUACGUGGAGGUGAAGGAUGAAGGAACCUGGAAGCAGAUCUGCGACAAGCACUGGACCGUGAAAAACUCCCGAGUUGUCUGUGGCAUGUUUGGAUUUCCGAGUGAGAGGAAAUACAACACCAACGUCUACAAGAUGUUUGCCAGCAGAAGGAAGCAGCGUUACUGGGCUUACUCCAUGGACUGCAGUGGGAACGAGGCUCACAUCUCCAGCUGCAAACUGGGCAAUCACCUCAACGUGGAUGCAAAGAACGCGACGUGUGAGAACGGGAUGCCUGCAGUAGUCAGCUGCGUCCCUGGACGUGCCUUUGCCCCCAGCAGCCACAGCGGCUUCCGAAAAGCCUUCAGGCAAGAGCAACCACUGGUGAGGCUGAAAGGAGGAGCCAACACUGGCGAAGGACGAGUGGAAGUGCUGAAAAAUGGGGAGUGGGGAACGGUUUGCGACGAUAAGUGGAACCUGGUGUCAGCCAGCGUGGUGUGCCGAGAGCUGGGCUUCGGGAGCGCCAAAGAAGCGAUAACGGGCGCGAGGCUCGGACAAGGUAUGGGUCCGAUUCAUCUCAACGAAAUUGAUUGUACGGGCUUUGAAAAGUCACUCACAGACUGCAAGUUCAACAUGGAAUCGCAGGGCUGUAACCACGAAGAAGAUGCUGCUGUGAGAUGUAACGUUCCAGCGAUGGGUUUCCAGAAUCAGCUGCGUCUGAGCGGUGGCCGCAACCCUUACGAGGGCCGAGUGGAGGUGUUGGCUGAGCGCAACGGCACUUUGAAGUGGGGCACAGUCUGCAGCGAGAACUGGAGCACCGUGGAGGCCAUGGUGGUGUGUCGGCAGCUGGGCCUGGGGUUCGCCAGCCAUGCCUUCCAGGAAACAUGGUACUGGCAUGGAGACGUCAGCGCUGAUGAUGUAGUCAUGAGUGGUGUCAAGUGUUCAGGGACAGAGAUGUCCUUGGCCCACUGUCGUCACGAUGGAGCCGACAUCUCCUGCCCCAGAGGAGGUGGUCGUUUUGGUGCUGGCGUGUCCUGCUCAGAGACUGCCCCUGAUCUGGUGCUCAACGCUGAGCUGGUACAACAGACCGCUUACCUGGAGGACCGCCCGAUGCUCAUGCUGCAGUGCGCGCUGGAGGAGAACUGCCUGGCCAGCUCGGCCGUCAACACCUCCAUCACCUCUGGGUUCCGACGCUUGCUGCGCUUCUCCUCCCAGAUACACAACAACGGGCAGUCCGAUUUCCGUCCCAAGAACGGCCGCCACGCCUGGGUCUGGCACGACUGCCACCGGCAUUACCACAGCAUGGAGGUGUUCACUCACUACGAUCUACUGAACCUCAACGGAACCAAGGUGGCCGAAGGACACAAAGCCAGCUUCUGCUUGGAAGACACCGAAUGCGAAGCAGAUGUGCAGAAACAGUACGAAUGCGCCAAUUUUGGUGAACAAGGAAUCACAGUCGGAUGCUGGGAUGUGUACCGUCAUGACAUCGACUGCCAAUGGAUUGAUAUUACUGAUGUCCCACCGGGUGAUUACCUCUUCCAGGUGGUCAUCAACCCAAAUUAUGAAGUAGCCGAAUCCGAUUAUUCCAAUAACGUGAUGAAAUGCAGGAGCCGGUACGACGGGCAGCACAUCUGGAUGUACAACUGCCACAUAGGUGGUUCCUUCAGCGAUGAGACGGAGCAGAAGUUCGAUCACUUCAGCGGACUCACAAAUAACAAAGUGUCCACCCGAUAGAAGAGCAUCGCCUCCCACCCCACUAUUUAAAGAAGCGAGGUCUCCUGCUUCGGUGAUUUCCCUAACCACUGCACACAACAGAAAAUCAAGCAAACAAUCAAACUCUAAAUUAGCAAGGUAAAUUAUUCUCUAAAGGUGCCUUCCUUCCCGUUGUAGGUGCUCAGACCACAGUGUCUCUCGUUAACUCCAGGUCCUACUACCGAGGUAGUUAGGAGCAGGCUUUUAAACUCUACUUGGCUCUUCAUCCUUCCAACCUCCUCCACAAAGGUUCCUCCCUCUACUCUGCAGCACCACCUCUAAUCACAGACGUAGGUCCAGGCUGCAGCAAGCACAAUUUGCCUUUUCUUUGGGUACCGCCAACCUUAAAUGCGUCUUUACCGUUCGUUUUCUUCAAGGCAUUAAUCUUGGUAUCUUUAAACUCUUUGAACUCAAGCUCAAAAAGCACCGUUGAGGCAAACGCUCCCAUUUGCGACGCCGCUUCUCCACCACGGCUUUCUCCUCAGUACCGCCACAUCAUUUAGCAAAGAAAUACAGGAAAGCUUUUUCUGAGCAGAACAGUAUAAAGCAUAAUUUUAUCCUGCAACGAAACUCUUUGUAUCCAACAACCAACCCCAAUACCAUCUCUUAAGCGGAGCAGUUCAAGCAGAACCGUUUUCUACGAGUGUAUCGGGGCUCCAUGAAGCUCCACCUCCCUCAAAACAUUGUGCGGAUCUCCUGAUGAUGAGCCCCCUGGACUGUGAAUUGCCAUUACACAGUAAGCUAUUCACCCAGUAGAUCUAAAUAUUAACUUCCACGCUGGAUAUUCCCUCUGUUUUGCCUCUAAAGGAUGAAUUAAUUAAGGUAGAGCGAGGAUACAACGCCCUUACAGAGGUAACGUCAUGGCUUUUGUCAUCGGGGAUCUUAAAAGUUGUCUUUAAGAGGGUUUUUACACUUGGUGAAUUCACAAUGGUGCUCAGGUGUUCCUCUGUUUGUUUGAGGACACGCGUUGCUACAGAUUUUCAGGCACAGCUACUUGAAUAAAAACGGUUUACCCAGACAAAUGUUUUAUAUGCCAUUUGUGUAUUCCUACUCCAGGAAAGUUUAGGGCCUUGGUUACAAUUCCGGACUUGUUUUCUCCCUCUGGGUUGGUCCAGAAGAAUUCUACAAGCAGUUAAAGUUAACCGAACACUCAAAGCUGACCAUUUCCAUCCUCAGGGGAUGGGAAGGGGCUGCAUCUACCUUGUGCUCUCGUAACCUACCUCACAGGGGUGUUGUGAGGCUUAAAGGAUGCACAAGACUUGCUAUUGCCUCUCAGAGUAUUUCUGUCACUUAUCCAAUGCCCGAGGGUGGCAUCGAGCAAAGGUUUUUAGCCUACUGUAAGUUGGA